ACCCAAUAAAUAAAAAAAUACAAAUAAAAAAAUUCCAUUUAAAAAACAUAAAAUUACAUUUAUCAUAUUUAAAUCACUUGAUAUUAUUAAAUAAUAUAAAAUAAUGGUUCGUUAUUUAAUGUUCAUGUCCUACAUUGGUACCAGAUACAGAGGUGCUGCAAAACAAAUUGGCUGUGAACGUCUGAUAGAUAUUGAUUCAAUUCAAGGAGCUCUUGAAACAGCAUUUCACACAUUAAGACCCCGUAGUAAAAUAAAGCCAGAAGUACAAUUAUCAAGCAGAACAGAUGCUGGGGUACAUGCAUUAUGUAGUGCAGGACAAGUUGAACUUGAAAAACCAGAAGAAAUUUUUUAUGACUCCGAGAUUACAAAAGCAAAAUUAAACACAUAUUUUGCACGUUGUGGUCAUGAAAUUCGUUUAAUGAAUCUGUACCCAAUAAGUGAUGAUUUCCAUUGUCGAAAAAAUGCAUUAUCAAGAACAUAUAUUUACAGAUUAAUUGUUGCUAAAGAUCCAAAUGAACAUAGAAUUCCAAUAGCUGAAAAUGGACGUUCAUGGCAUAUCAAAGGUGAUAAUAUAAAUAUUGAUGCUGUUAAAUCAGCAACAAAAUUAUUUCUUGGUGGAAAGAAAAACUUUGAAACAUUUGCUGGUCGAAAUAGAACAAAUCGUACCAUAAAUUAUGUCAAAGAACUGAAUAAAUUGACAAUUGAACCAGCAUUACCAUUGAUGCCUGAUGAUCCUUAUGCUGAUAAAUUCAAUUACUGGCAAAUAACAGUCAAUUCAAGAUCAUUUUUAUACAAUCAAGUUAGACGAAUUGUUGGUGCAUUGGUUGGCAUUGCUUAUGGCUCAAUAACAGAAAGAGAUAUUCAAAUAAUGCUGCAAGUACCAAAUCAUCAAAAUUGGAAUUGUCAUGCUGUUUUGGCACCACCACAAGGUUUAUAUCUAAAACAAGUUGAAUAUAGCCAAGAUGACCUGGACAAAUAUAUCAUUCAAGGUGAACAAUUAGAAAUAACACGUAAAAGAAUUUUAGAAGAAAAUCAAAAAUUAGCAUUAGCUAGUAAUUAAACAAUUUUUUUAUUUAUUAUUUAAUAUGGAGAGUCUUCUUCGUGACAGGAAAAAAAAUCUUAAACCAACAAAUACAAUAUUGACAAAUAAUUUAGGUGAAAAAUAUGAAAUAAAUAAUGAAGGUUUUUGUAAAAAAAUUAAUGAUAAAUGUUUACCAUUUGUUGUUGAUAAUAAACCUGAUUUAGAAGUUGUUAAAAUAAUAGAUGGUGUUUAUUUAAGCUCACAAGAUCCAAUUUAUUGUUAUGAUAUAUUAAAAGAGCAUAAAAUUCAACAUAUUUUAAGUCUUGGAAUUGAGCCAGAUAUAAAAUUUUCUGGUAUAUCAUAUUAUUUUAUUGAGAUACUUGAUUUACCAGAAUUUAACUUGACAAGUUAUUUUGAUAAAUGUUUUAAUAUUAUUGAUAAUUGUAAAGAUGAUAAUAUUUUGGUGCAUUGUAAUGCUGGUGUAUCAAGAUCACCGACAAUUAUCAUUGCUUAUUUAAUUAAAUAUGUAAAUAUGAAUUUUAAUGAGGCUUUUGAUACAGUUAAAAAAGCUAGACCUUGUGUAAGACCAAAUGAUGGAUUUAUCAAACAACUGAAGGCUUUUUAUAACAUAAAAAAAUAAUAAAUAAUUUUUAAAAAAUACAA